AUGAUCCGGGUGACUAGCGACAUCCUAGAAUUGCUAGGAACGCGCGACACCGGCAAUUACACACCAUGGCUGCGUACAGCGAACCGAGUGGUGGUUGGGGUUGGACUGGCAUUUAGCACUAGUGCUCUCAUUAUGCGAAUUUAUACCAAGGCACGGGUGAUGAAGAAAUUCUGGUGGGACGAUGGUUUGUGA